UGUAAAUGGACAUAACUUGGAUGCCAGUGCCCUACGGGUAGUCCCAGUAUUGGUGCCAAUGUUUAUGGUGAAGAAUAUAGUCGUCUCAAUUCUACUACUUAUCACAACACUAGUCACCAAUUCAUCGGCAUUAGGUACACAAUUAGAAGAAAGUAAGCAUCAAAUUGAUCCCACUUGUGGUCAAUUCAAGUCAUUACAGAACUCAGUUAUAAGACUCGAGAACAUAAUCAAAGAAUUAUCCGAAAGACUGUUUGAGGCAGAGCUGAGGCUACAGAAUGUGGAGGAAUGCGAUUGCUUUAAGAGUUGUGUAGUAAACGGAUCCAUACAUGAAGAGGGCUCGAGUUGGCAACACAACUGUGAUAUCUGUUCUUGUGUUCGCGGACAAGUGAUCUGUCGACCCAUUCAGUGUCAGACUCCCUGUAAAAAUGCCGAAUAUAUUGAAGGCCAGUGCUGUCCUGUUUGCAAAAAAACAUGUUAUCUAAACCAGCAGGUCCUACAACACGGUGAACGCAUUAGGAUCACACCAAAGACCGGCACCAAUAAAGACAAAUGUGGUGAAUGUGUUUGUAAUGACGGAAAGACAAGUUGUAAGCAAAUUAUCUCUGAGACGAUGUGUCCAAAACUUAACUGUCCGCCUGAGCAGCAAAUAUAUCGGGAAAACGAGUGCUGCAAAAUAUGCGCCGGCACCGAUUUUUGCGGGUCAGGCAAUGACUGUCACCCGACAAACGGGACCUGUCAUAACAUGAUGACCGAAUAUAUAUGUAUUUGUAACGAUGGUUUUGACGGCGAUGGCCGCAUCUGUACCGAUAUCAAUGAGUGCGACCAUAAGGGCGGCACUGAUGGCAAUCAUUGCGGACAAAAUACUCAAUGCUUGAACACAUUGGGCUCCUAUAAGUGCGAAUGUUUACAAGGAUUUAGACGGCAUAAUAGAUUUGAAUGUAUUGCCGGUACCGACUAUUCAGCCGACAAUACCGACAAUACUGACGAUGAUUCCGACAAUACAAGACUGAUGACAGAUCACAGCCAUCACAGGUCUCGACAACAGUCGGACGGACACAGAAACAGACAGACAAAGAAACACCGAAAUUAAAUAUGAUAUUCAAAAUAAUAACAACAAAAAUAAAUUUAAAAAUAUGUUGAAAAUGUUAGCUCCAGUAUUAAUAAUAUAAAUUUUUCA